CCCGUCGCUGCUGGUGUGCCCGACCGGUCCUGAUGGAGGGCGGUCAGUGAAGGCCCCGUGGCGGUCUCCGUGUCCAAGACCUUCAGGCAGACGCCUAGAGAUGAACAAAGCAGCUACAAGAGCAUGAAGGCUGCAGGAGGCACCCCACACACAAGAACUCCAUCUUGGGCAGAGAGGACAUCUCUGGGAACUCCCUCCAGAUGUUCCAGGUGGAGUUUGGAGAAUUUGAAGAGACACCUCUCAGUAGAGCCACGGGGGCUCAGAGGAUUCCCCUCUUAAUGGGGAGGGCAAGAUGGGGGAACAUGUAGAAGCUGGAGUAACCCCAAAAUCUGAGGAGAAAGCACUGCUUUCCGAGGGCUCUGCCCUUCCUCAGGAACAGAAGGAAAUGCCUAAAUUACAGGUGACAUUCAUGGUGACAUUCAUGGAUGUGGCUGUGGACUUUACCCAGGAGGAGUGGGAGCAUUUGGACCCCUCUCAAAGGCACCUAUACAGAGAAGUGAUGUUGGAGAACUAUGGGAAUCUCAUCUCCUUAGGAUGUCUGCUGUCCAAACCAGAAACGAUUUUCCAUUAUGAACAAGACGAUAUGUGGAUGGAGGAAGAAAUGCCAAGAAACUCCUAUUCAGGGAUGAGAAUGAUAGGAUUUUCUCUUGGCAAGUAUCUCCAAGAGAAAAAGCCAAGACUCAGACAGCUCAGAAACUUUCCAAUUCAUCAGCAAAUCCACAUGGGAGAGAAGCCCUCUGUAUAUGAGGGAUGUGGAAAAGCUCUCCGUGAAAGGACAACAGACCUUAACCUUCCAGUGCUCCUCCCAGGAGAAAAGCCCAACCAGUGUACGGCGUGUUCCAGAAUCUUCAACUCAGGGUCUGCUCUGAGAAAGCACAAGGAUCACAUGAGAAAGAAACCUCACACAUGGGAGGAAUGUGGGAAGGACUUUAGCCGAAGCUCCAACCUGUCUAUCCACCAGCGAGUGCACGCAGGUGAGAAGCCCUACAGAUGUGGCAUAUGCGGGAAGAGCUGCAGCUACAGCUCUAAUCUCUCCAUCCACCAGCACAUCCACAUGGAGAGAAGCCCUUCAGGAGCUGUGACUGUGGCAAGGACUUCCGCCGCAGGGCAGCCCUGCAGAUCCAUCAGAGUGUCCAUACGGGAAGGAAGCCCCAUGCCUGUGAAGCAUGUGACUGGGGCUUCACCUCACGUUCUUCACUGGUACAACACCAGCAAGACCAUGCAGGGGACAAGGCCUAUACGUGUGACACAUGUGGCCGGGGCUCCAGCCAGAGAGCCAACCUCUACCUGCACCAGCGUGUCCACACUGGGGAAAGCCCCUUCCGAUGUGAGGCCUGUGGGAAGUGCUUCAGCUGGAGCAAGGACCUGGGCAUCCACCAGAGGGUCCACACAGGGGAGAAGCCCUACAGGUGUGGGGCUUGCGGGAGGGACUUCAGGCAUCGCUCAGCCUUCAAGAGGCACCAGAGGGUGCACACAGGGGAGAAGCCCUAUCCUUGUGGUGUGUGCGGGAAGGGCUUCAGUUAGAGUCCACCUACAGAUGCACCAGAGGGUGCAUGGUAGGGAGAGGCUCUUGGAGUUGGGCUGCUCACAUGCAGGUGCCUCCCAGAGCCAGGGGGAAUGUCAGGGUGAGGGCUCUGAGGUGCACAGCAUGGAUCAGACCUAAUGGUAUAUGGCAUUUGUUCGUGUUUAUACAGAAAAGAGCAUAGAUCAUCAGUGUUCAGGUCGGUAGAUUUUCACAAAGUGAACACACCCAUGUAACCAGCAUUCGGAUGGAGAAACAGAACAUUUCCAGCCCACCCGAAAACCCUCCGCAUGCUCCCUUCCACUCACUACCCACACAGGGAAUCACCAUGCUGACAUCUAAAACCACAGGUUAGCGUUUUGCAUGUUCUAGAAUAUCAUAAAAGUAGAAUUAUAUUGUAUGUAUUCUUUCAUGUAGGAGGAGUUUAUUUACUCAAUGUCUGUAAGAUCAUCCAUUUUGUUGCAUGUAAUAGAAGGUUGUUCAUUUUAUUACUGAGCAUUGUGAUGCUGUUUUGAUGAACCACAGUUUGUCCACUCACCUGUUGAUGAACCUUUACAUUUGGCUUGUUUCCAGUUUUGGGUCAUUAUGAAUAAAGCUGCUAUGAACAUUUAGAUACAUAUUUUUUGUGUGGAUAUAUGCUUUCAUUUCUCUUAGGUAUUUACCUAGGAGUAGAAUUGAUGAAUAUAAUAAAACAUUUUAAAAACUGGACUUAUUAAAGUCCUAAAAUACAUCACUAAUUUUCACUAUGUAUCACCACACAAAAAAUAAUUAUGCCAUCUAACAGUAUAAUCUUGUACACUGGAUUUUUUCAUGUACAUUUUUUCAUGGAAAAUAAAAUUGUGUAACAAACUCUCAUAUCCCCAUCAACU